AGAUCACACGGGAGGAUCGUAGCAGAAGCAGAAGCAGCAGUUGGCCUUGCAUCCAUCGUGCGAUUCAGUUUUCCGCCUGUCGUUGAGCUGUUAGCAUGCGCGUUUAGCUUUCCUCCCUCUCGAAGAAAAGUCCCUUGCGAGGUUUUGUGUUUUUUCUCUGUGGUUGGUCGUUUGGUGUCAUUCGCGAGUUUGGCGACGAUUUUUUUCUGGGGGUCUUUGCGUUUCCGGAUUUUUUGGUGACAAUUAGAUGGUGUGCUGAAGUUGUCUAAGGAUCUGUUAACUGAAUUGUGAAUUUUCCUGUGAAGACGGAUUAAGAAGUUGGUUCUGUGUGAAUUCGGUGUGGAUUGUGAAAUAAAUUGUUGGAAUUCCCUAGAAACAGGAAGUGCGUUCGAAUCUUCGUCAAAAGUGCUUCGGAAAAUCCAGCAGACCCAGAGUACUCAACAGAAGUGAAUUAAAGAGCCUAUCCAGAGUGCAUUGCUGCCAAGUGUUCUAUGCUAAUUGGAAUUCCUGUUCAAACAUAGGAAAACGUUGUUCGAUACAAGCCAUUGAGCGUGGAGCUAGGGAAAAACGGAAAACAAUAAAGUGUGAAGAAUUUCCUAACAAUCACCAUCAACCACCGCAAAGUCAGCAGAAGUCUUCGGGAAAAUCCAGCAGUUGUUCCGGCAGCGCAGAGCCCAGCCAGUGCAGCAGCCGUUGAGGAAUCAGAAUAAAAAACGCACUUCGCAACCCCCCUCGCAACGGAUGGAGAAAUGACCCGUAGUGUGAUGAGCUAGUACAUGAUCACCUCUCCUACCCGUUUAGUGUCUUUCAUUUUAAAAGCUACAUUUUUAAAAUAAAAGAGCCCUCUUGCAUUCCACGUUUAAUCUCGCCCUUAACGAGCACCACUCUCAUCCCGGAAUAAGUACUCCGAAAAUCGUUAAAAACUUUCGUUACAACACAAAGGGCAAUUGUUUUCUGCCUUCCAUUCCGGAGAGUCGUCCAACCGAGGGGCUCAAAAUUUGCAAUUACAAUUGCGCAACGGAGAUGAAUUGCAGCAGAAUGCGGUUUCUAGUGGCGUCGAUAGCUGUAGUGUGGCUGGCCGUCGUGGUCCAUGCCGAAGAUCAAACGGAACCUGCACCGGCGGCCUCGGAAGAGCAGAAGCCCAUGGCUGCAGCCCUAUAUGGAGCCGAUGCCGAACAGAAGGCUAAUGACGAUGGAUACGACUUCUUUUCGAUCGAUCAACUCUUUCUGAACAAUCCGCAGUACGCAAAGCUGCUUAGCGAUCUUCAGGCGCAUACCUUCGGGAGCAAUUGGAGGCGGAAGAGGGACGUUGGAGACGAGGAACCUCCGGCGGAAACUCCCGUGGAAACCCCGGAAGAGACUAGCCCAACCUCGCCGAUUGCCGAAAUCACCGAGGUCACCAAGGACAUGAGGGAGACUGCUAAGGAAACGAGCGAAGCGGUUGAAAACAUUGAAGGUAGAACAACCCCACUUAAAGCAUCCAGCUCGAUCUCUACGACUACCACCAGCUCGUUCGGAUUCUCCGGAUCUACCGAGCGAGCGCACGAGGAACCCACCAGUGCGGCCCCCGUUCGCAGCAGUACUCCCCGACGGCUCGUCCACAAGGGCAACAAGAACAAGAACAAAAACGGCAACAACAAGAACGGCCCGAACAAGCAACAGCAGGACUUCGGUAGCACCCUGACCGCAACGAACGUCAACAAGUUCACGGUGACAAACUCUCCGUCGGCAACGUCUCCGCUGUCCUCUUCGCCACUGUCCUCGUCCUCCUCGUCGGCAUCCACGUCCUCGUCGUCGGCAGCCAUCACAUCGACCUUGACCACCAAUCCGGCCAGCAGUAGCAGCAAUAUGGCAGCCGCCGCAGCAGCAGUGGCCAACGCGACCAACGUGCCCGGAAGCAACAAUAAAGAUAAGGUUGGCCUGGCCCCGACCAAGUACCACUACUAUCCGCACAAUCAGCACAUCUACUUCCUGCCGGAGUGUGCGAUCCAACAGGUCUGCAACGCUGUCUACGUCCGACUGAACUACACGCAACCCCUAUGUGCCUGUCCUCCACGUUACCGCGACCCGUGCUCGGCCAGUCUGAACGAAGACGACAACCACACGAUCAAGCUGGUCGGCAAUGCCCAGCGGAAGGCCGUCACCCUGGCCAAGACGUGCGAGAACACCAACGAGCUGCGCGAAUGUCGGGCCCCUAAGGAUUGGUCCAUCCUGGCGCUGCAAAACUCCCGGACCGGCAAGUCCCACUAUCUGGUUAUCUGCAAGUGCCCGCCGCACUACCGACUCGAGGGACCGCUCGCUCACGAUCAGCCCACGUACGCCGGCCUGCCCGGUAUCAACGUGUACGGUAUGCUGUGCGUCCCGCCAGAGUCAUACGCCCCGAAACCCCUGAAGACCCCCAGCUCCCAGUCGAUCUACAACAAGUGGAAGGUCCGACCGGCGCCAGUUUCCUCCUACCGCGACACCGAAUACCGAUCAUUCCAGAAUGCCACCAUGACGUCCGACGAUGUGGAGUGAACCCCUUCCCUCCUUCCCGCAUGGCGCAUGGUUUCCACCAUUGACCACUGAUAACUGAGAGAAAGAGACGGAGAGUUAGCUUCAUUCUCGACAGCCAAACCGAUUAGUCUUCGUGAUUAGUAUUUAUUACAUAUAUUUUUGUAUUUAUUACAUGAAGAGUAUUUAUUUUAUUCGGAGUAAGUUCCACUCGUGUGGAAAUUAUUGUUUAUCGAUCGGUACGGAGAGUUAAGCGUUUCAGGGUCUGUAAUUUGCCACAAAAGAAAAGAGUGUCCAGACGACGUAAAGUCAAUCGCGAAAUGCGAAAGAAAACGCUACAAAUGUUCCAAACAUUUGUAUUGUGCUUUUCAGGCCCAAUGAAAUGACAACAAUUAUUAUUUUAAUAAACACCUUAAUUAGUCGUCCUCUUGGACGGAUACCUACUCGCAUAGUUCACCACGUAGGACUGGAACGCAAGACGAUGAUUAAUUAACGGAAACCAAUUUUUAAUGAAACAAAGCCUGCACUGUUGUUAGUUUUAGAAGGAAAAGUUAUCUCACACGCAAAUGUGAAAGGAAAAACAAACGAAUGUUCAACAAAAAAUGAGCAAAAAUGCACCUUAAUAAUCAUGCUCACAACUUCUUUUUUUCUUUCCACUUCCACCACUAGAAGCCGAACCUUAACUAACAGUAGGCCUUGCGCGCCCAUCAAUCCACCGUCACAUGCUAGUCUUUGUUCUGCGACUCGAGUGACGCAAGUUGAUACCUUCCCCUAUACACAACACAGAUGGCGUCUCAUCACUUUCUUGCAUCAAUUGACUCGCAGAAUAAAGCAGACCUUUUUUUAAUUUUCGCGCUCCUUUGUUGUCGCACACGCUUCAUGAGAGCCGCAAACUCUAUCGCAACAUUAUAACAAAUGUUCAACGCCUGUCUAUGAUGAACCUCACCGUCAUCUUCGUUGGGAUGUAACUCAUAUGUCAAUGAAAGUAAAUCUGGCUAAAAAAAAACUCCCAACGCAUAUCACUUUCAAGUAAAUUGGCUUGAUUUCCCGCGCAAAUAGUGAGUAGGUGGAGGUGGAAAGAAAACUCCGCAGUAUAACAGCAGGCAACAAAAAAGCUAAUACUAAACAAUGCAGAAAAUGAGAGUCACCGUUUUAACUCACUCGAAGCUGCGCUCACGCACAAACAUUAUAAUAAUAGGUAUACCUAGGAGCAGACUUAUAACUUUAUUACUAGAAGGGCAAAAGAGUUUAGUUUCAUUUUAAAUCACGCGCACAUCAAGACAAGACGAUAAUUGCAGUGCAGAAGGAAAAUAAAAAGUCAAAAGAUGGAAUUUUUAGAUGCCUAUCUUAGUAGGCGGCACUAGGGUCACCGCGUGUCAGUCAGAGAGAGAUUCAAUAUUUAAAUAGAACCGAACAAUAGGAAUAUUCAACAGCAUGUGGUCUAUAGUCGAUAAACUUUCCUAAUUAUCGUCAGAUUGAUUUCGUCAGCAAUAUAUUUCGCAUCCUGACUGACUCAUCACAAAACCGAGCCACAAAAUUACACACACUGAUUAGCGCUAAAAAAAAUACCGCCACUGCUUAGGAAAGAAACCCAAAUUGCGGAAUUAUUAUAGUAGUUAGGCCCUAUCAACAGAAAAGGAAAUGACGAGAGAGGAAACUCUAUUGUAAAUAUGUUUCAUGGCUAUCUCCCAAACUCUCGCACACUUGAUUUUCCUUUCGAUAUUUAUUCGCUAAACCUGCAACAUAAAAACACCUGGUAAUUUAUAUAUUUUUAAAGAUAUUAGUUUUAACCCAAACACUGGCAUGAGUUUGCCCAGUGCUACUAAUAAAGUUAUAAAAUUAUACCUUCUCUAGCCGGACCGCGCACAAUUACUAUCCUAUUAUAUAAUUAUUACAAUCGAAAACACACAAAUCCAGAUGAACAGAUAGGUAAUGGAGAAA